CACCAACGAACGAACUCUGAACGAACUCUACUUAUAUAACUGCAUCCACGCAACAGUCCUGCGAGAAUGCCUUCGUACUCUUAUUCUAUAACCGAUACCGCCUAUUCCCUGCCCAUCCUCCACGCCGCCGCCCAACCUUCUUCCACUGUUAUCGGCGUCUUGCUCUCCUCCUCCUCUUCUCAAGAUUCGAAGCAAGUAGUCGACGAUGCCGUACCCAUUCUGCACCAUUACACAAGCUUAUCGCCCAUGAUGGAAGCAGGGCUCUCAAUCGUUGGGAAGUACGCUGAAAUAAAUCAUAAGAGAAUUGUUGGUGUGUAUGUUGCAAGGGAUGAAGGCGAUGGGCUUCCCAGAGUCGUGGAAAGGGUGUGGAAGAUCUUAAGAGAAAGCUUUGAAGGAGCUUUCGCUUUGGCUAUCGACAAUGAUAAAUUGGCGGCUGGGCAACCGGCCUAUAUCCCUUAUCUUCCUACUGAGGCUUCUCCAUAUCUUUUGCAAGCUGUCCCUGCAGCGUCGCCGACCCUUCUUCCGGAACCUUUCUCCAUUACUUCGCAAUCAUUACCAGCAAGCUUGCUGAAGGUCAUUAGGGAGAAAAAAAUCCACAGGGGGCUACGGGAUUUUGAUGAUCACCUUGAGGACUCAUCUAAUGACUGGUUAGAAAAUUCAACGAUUAAACAUGAUCUCCAGAUGUUUAUAUAAUAGAGUUCCAUUGUCUUUCAAGAAUGCUAAAACUGUACUUGUACACAGCUACACAGUUGAAUAGGAUUUACAAUAGUGGAUAGAACAUCUUUGGCGAAUGAUACAAGUUCCGUCCCCACCUCCUAACCAUAUCCAUGACCAGUCGUCUCGUUACAGCUCCCGACUCGGCAUCUUUGUGUCAUUUUGUGAUCGAAUAAGCUCGAAGCAGUGAUGUAUUCCUACUGGUCUCGACAUCCUGCAUCACAUCAGUCAACUAGACAAUCCACCCUACUCAUGGGUAGCUUACAAGUCAGAGUGGUCCCCAUCAGGUACGUCAUGAACCAACAAGUCAAUGACACCAGAAUAUUCUCCGACGAGCUGGUUGAAAUAUACUAUACACAAGUCUCAGAAUGGUAUGCGGGAACGAUAUCUGGACUCACAUUGUCCUUUCCUGACGACCAUGUCAUCCAUCCAGCCCCACCAGACAUGCAUUUCCAAGGGAUAUUCGACGGCGUUCACAUGUCCCGCUGUUCCGGUUUCGUCCGCCUCGUUGGCCUGACCAGUCUGCAAGCUAUUCCUUGCUAGCUUCUCUGCAGCCGUUUUUGGAACUACGGCUUCUUGAGCAAACUGGAUUGUCGCUGCCAGAUCAGAUAGUGCCGUUUGAAGCCACGCUCCUCCCGUGUCGCGAGGUCCGCGGUUGAGGCACAAGAGAUGAUCUAUUGCCGGACAGCGUUAGCUAUUGGCUUACAGAGCGAUGUGCGGUUAUGAUACCUUGACCGAUACCUUGACCAUUCUCAGCUUGCAUGUAGCUUGACACCAGCUUUUAUGUCCUUUUAGCCAAUUCUACAUCGCUGCGUGGAGCGUUGCACUCACGCAAGUCACACAACAUGGAGUAGGCCCCCAGUACCGUUCCUUCUUACCCCCUUCUCCUUCGGAUUGAGGCACCUGCACUUCUGUACCCUCGCCCAUGCCUGCUCCCAUAAUGUUAUUCAGGCCUUCUUGAACAUCCUCCUUCAUUCCAGGCUUGAUACUUGUUUGUUCAUAUGGAGUAGAAGGAGACAUCGAUGGCGGUGCUGUGCCCUGAGCGGAAG